AUGAACCAGAUUCCGGAACUGGCAGAAUAUGAGAAAGUGUCUGACCAGAUUAAAAUUACACAAAGAGAUCUGGAGCAGGAUGGAUUCUCGAAAAAUCCUUUCUUCCAUGGAAUUAUUGCUGAAGUACCUGAGCACCUUAAAUCUAAAGAUGGUCAUCCCAAAAUUGGAUACUCUUUGUACUUCUGUACAUACAGUUCAUGGAAAGGCAGAGCAGUGUACAUGGAGGACCUGUACGUGAGGCCAGAGUUCAGAGGGAAAGGCAUUGGCAAGGCUCUGAUGGCCAAAGUUGCCCAGCUUGGUUUGGCUGCGGGUUGCACACAGCUGAAUUUCACUGUACUGGAUUGGAACAAGUCAUCUCUGGACUUCUACCUAAAGCAGGGAUGCUGGGAUGUGACAUCUGACCUCGGCUAUCACUGCAUGCGCUGUGAGGGUGAUGCCCUUCAACAUCUGGCCCAGGGAGACCUUUAAAUUUUGCAGCACCUCUCCUGACCAGAGCCACGAGCAACAGGUUGUUUGAUACGCACAAGAAAAGAAUAAGCACCCAAUCAACUCUCAUAAUGAAAGUCACCAUGCUCAGCUCCCACAUUUUAACAGUGAAAUACACAUUGGAAACUUUCUGAGGUAAUAAAGACAAGAAGUAUUGCUAAGAGCAAUGUGGCAAAUAUUUUGUUUUGUUUCAUAGAUUUGUUUAGCUCAUCUCUGUUACCUCAAAAAGUAUGUUUUAUAACCAAAAGCCAAACUGAGUUAUUCUAUUUAUCUCAAUUGGCCACUUGGUCUAUAAGCCAAAAUUUCAGAAGUCCACUUGUUGUUUUUUUGGACACUAGUUCAAGUUCAAUUGUUUAUUUGUCACAUACACAGAUAUACACAUGUACAACUAGCAGUGAAAUGUAGGUCUGAACAAUUAUACUUAGACUGUGCAAGUAAUAUGGCAAUAGAUAGAAAGUAAAAAGUACAAUAUAGCAACUAACAAUUGUAAUAAAAUAUGUACAGUUAUGAUGGAGUAAUUUAUUGGAUAUAAUUAUUACACUGUUAUUUUCUAUCACUAGAAAAGAAAUUGUGUUGGUGCUACUGUGGUUACCACUGCUUGUUUUGUUGUUUCUAGCAAAACACCUAGUCAAAUUUGCUUACAAUUGUUCUUAUGAUAUUCUGAAAUCUCUUAAAUGCUUGUCAACUAUGUAGUAAUAUAUGGAGAAUUGAUUGGUACACAAGAGGGGAACCAUUGGAGAGACCUAUAUCUGUCAGUUUUUGAUGUAGGCCUACAUACAGAGGUACUGUGAGAGCCACAUAACUUUCCCUAAGAAGUUUCCAUUUAACUUCAUUUAGUAACUGUCACACUGAGUGGUACGGUUCACUACGGAACGCAUUUUUUCCCGUUUCCACUGUGAAUGGUACCAAAAUAGCGAACCGUACCGUAACACUUUUUGGGACCCUUUCGUAUGGGUUCCUAGCACAAUAGUACCGGAACCUAAUGGGUGGAUCUAGUCUCACUGCAGACCGUUGAUUGGUUUACAAAGAAUCGUCACUUGCGCGUGCUACAAGGGGAACGACAGCACAGGACGCGCCAUUUUUGAAAACACAGCCGAGACCAGAACACAAGAACCAGCUGAAGCGAGAACAGGAUCUGCUGUCCUCCAUUGUUGUUGUUUACGGAUUGCUUCGUCGCGCGAGAAUGCCGUCGAUUGCUACUUUCUGGCAGACACCACGUCUACCAAGUAAGGGUACUGUUGGCAGUGGAAACCCAAGCCUGAUACGGGUUUCUCGUACCGAAUCGUACUGUACUGAACUGAACUGCACUGAACCGUACCGCUCCAUGGAAACGAGGAGUGACAAAGACAUGUCACCAAUACAUACAAAACUACACUAGAACUGUAAAUAGGAUAAAGUCAUGAUUGGACUUUUUUUUAUCUUCGUCUUGAAAUUUUAAACUAAUCCAGAUAUGUUCCUGCCAGUAAGCUUGUUAAGAAAACGGUGUUAUAGAUAUGUGUACUGUGCGUUAUAACAUGAACAACUGACAUGUCAUAACUCCCUCAAUCCAGAAUUUUGGUAUGUUACAUUUUAUGACCUGUUAAGAAGUAACUGUUACUAUGGAGCACUUUGGAAGAUACUGUAGGCCUACUGUACUGAUACUGUACAAUUAUACUGUCGUAAUGAUAAAAAAGUUACAUUGUUGCACGCUGCUGUAUCCAGUUUACUGUGGAGUUUUCUAUGAUCUGAAGAUCAUGAA